AUGUCAGCAAUGUUCGGUAUGCCAGGUCUAGGAGCCACUGGAGGUGCUCCAACUAAACCAAAGUCCAGAUUUGAACAAUUCAGAGAAACACCUGUUUUCACCGUUCUAUUAAACGGUACGUUAUUUGUUGCUGGUGUUGCAUUCAUUCAAUCUCCCUUGAUGGAUAUGUUGGCUCCACAAUUGUGA